UGUCAGUGUAUCUGAAGCUCAGUUUCUCAUUAGGAUUACUAUAAGCAAGUUUAUUCGUGCUGCUUUUGAAAAUGGAAGUAGAAAGUCCACGAGCCCAUGCAGCCAGAAUACUAAAAGCAACAUUUUUACAAGCACUGCAGAAUAAUGACUGUAAAACCCUGAAAGAAAUGUUGAGGAAGAAGAAGAUAGAUGUUGAUACCAUUUUUGAAGUGGAAGAUGAAACCAUGAUUUUGGCAUCUUAUAAACAAGGUUACUGGCUGCCAAGUUACAAACUAGGGUCAUCCUGGACAACGGGCCUGCACUUAGCAGUGAUGUUUGGCAAUCUGGAGAGUAUGGCAGUGCUACUAGAUCAUCAGGCUAGUAUAAACUAUCAACCAAAUGGGAAAACACCUUUACAUGUUGCCAUUGACAUGAAAAACAGGGACUGUGUUAGCAAAUUGUUACAUCAUGGAGCUAAAGUAAACUCUUUUUCACUGAGUGGAUAUGCACCACUACAUUUAUGCAGAACCAAGGAGUCAAUUUCCUGUGCAAAACUGCUGAUCUGGAAUGGUGCCAACCUGAAUCUACAGGCUAACAAUGAUUAUCAAGAUACCCCACUGCACACAGCUGCACGGUUUGGAGUACCUGAACUUGUGGCCCUUUACAUCGAACAUGGAGCAGCUGUUGACAGUCUUAACGUCUAUAUGGAAACACCACUUAUUACAGCAAUUUAUUGGGCUUUAAACAUGAAGGAACAACAAUACAGCACAAACCAUCACCUGAUCUGCAGAAUGCUUAUAGACUAUGGAGCUUCCGUGAAUGCUCGAGAUCGGGAUUACAAAUCUCCACUUCAUAAAGCAGCUUGGAAUUGUGACCAUCUGCUUCUGCAAAUGUUGUUAGAAUCAGGCGCCCGGGUUGGGUCAAUGGAUGUCAAUGGCUGUGCCUCUCUACAGUACCUUCUGAAGGUCACAGGGGUACGUCCUGCAGCAGAACCAGAGAAAUGCUAUCAACUGCUGCUAAACCAUGGAGCUGCAAGGGUUUACCCUCCACAGUUUCACAAGAUCCACUUGUACCUUGUCUUUAUUGGUAGGAGUGACCAAUGCACAAUCCUAUGGAGAAGAUGUUUCAUCUUCACAUCUAAGGUACUACAAUCAUGCUACACCUGUCCAAAAGCAGUGGAGGUUAUGAUCAAUUCAUAUGAAUCCAUUCAAUCCACACCAAAGUGGAGACAAGUUAUACCAGAUGAAGUCCUAGAGCAACACUGGGAGUUUUAUAAAUCUCUGUUUGAUGUCUGUGGAAGAUCUCCACGCUCUCUGAUGCACCUGGCUAGAUGUGCAGUUCGAGCAGUGUUGCAGAAAAGGUGUUACGAAGCAGUGCCAAAACUUAACCUCCCACUUCGACUUAAAAAGUAUCUUCUAUUAGAACCAGAGGGUGUGCUCUACUGAGUUUCAGAAUUGAUAAAUGAGUUUAUAUGCAUCACUGGAUCUUAUUCUUCUUGUUAAAUCAACCAUUGCACAAAGUUAAUGGCCCAGAUUUUGCGGUCGGUGAUGUAGGAACAAAACUUACUAUUCAUUGCGCGUACAGCAACCACAGACUUAACUGUGGGCUUUUCAGCAACAGCUUAGUUACAAGAAGUCCUUUUCAGUAUGGUGCCCUCUUUAGGGGACUGCAGCAAUGUGAACAGGGAAAAAAUACACCACAACUCUUAAAGAGGCAUGUAGAUUCUCAACCAGGAAGCAAAAAUUAGAAUAUCUAAUUCAGUUUAAAAUCAUGCAUGAAAGCUAAACAACGUGAAGUAAAAGAAAGAAAGAUUUGCAUUUAUAUAAAGCUUUCCAUGGCCACUAGACAUCUCAAACUGCUUUACACUUAAUGAAAUCCAAAGAAGUGCAGUCACUAUUAUAAAGUGGCAGCCAAUACAUACUGAGCAAAAUCUGACAAUGUGACAAUGAAUAGAUAAUCUGUGUGCGUAAUGUUAAUUGAGGCAUAAGUAUUUGCUGGGCACCAAGCAGCACUUUCCUGAUCUUCUUGGAAAUAGUGCCAUCCUCCUAUAGAUCCAAGUAUGGCCUCAGUUUAACAUCUGUAUCACAAAAUUCUACUCCAGUAAUGCACCUGAAUGUCAGCUGUGAAUGGAUUUGAACCAAGCUGGCCAAACAGAAGCUAAGAGGCACAAACAUUCUUUGUUUAUUGACAAUAUAAAUCCAACAGUCCUGUCUCAGCACCAGCCAUUGCCCCUUUAUAUCUAAGUAUCAAUUAACUAAUUGAUAGACAUCACCAGUUUCAUUUCUAACUGACCAGAGUCCAAAGAGGGAAGGCUAGAUGGAUUGGCCAUGUGAAAGGGCAAUGCAGUGUCCAGGGAUAUGCAGACUAGGUGGAUUAGCCCUGGUAAAUGUGGAGUUAUGGGGAUACAGUGGUGGUGAAGGAUCUGCAUGGGCUGCUCUCCAAGGUCAGCGCAGAUUUGAUGGACUGAAUUAUCUCUAUCUGCACUGUAGAGAUUCUGUGAUUCUAUGAGGGCAUUGUUGCUAACUUUGCAGAUGACAUAAAGAUAGGUGAAGGAUGAGGUAGCGUUGAGGAAGCAGACAGCCUGCAGAAGGACUUGGACAGGCUACAGAGAAGGAGGGUAAAGAAAUGGCAGAUGGGAUACAAUAUGGAAAAGUGUGAAGUUGUACCCUUUAGCAGGAAGAUUAGCGGCAGAGACUAUUUUCUAAAUGGGGAAAGGCUUUGGAAAUCCAAAGCACAAUAGGACUUAAGAGUCCUAGUUCAGGAUUCUCUUAAGGUUAAGAUGCAGGUUCAGUUGGCAGUUAGGAAAGCUAAUGCAAUGUUAGCUUUCAUUUCAAGAGGGCUAGAAUACAAGAGCAGGGCUGCACUACUGAGGCUUUAUAAGACUCUGAUCAGACUGCAUUUGGAAUAUUGCGAGCAGUUUUAGGUUCUCUAUCUAAAGACGUAUGUGGUGGUGUUAGAGUUCACAAGGAUGAUCGUGGGGAUGAAGGACUUCACAUAUGAAGAGUGAUUGGGGAUUCUGGGUCUGGUUCAGAGGAUGAGGGGGAUCUUAUUAAAACUUACAGAAUACCGAGAGUACUGAGUAGAGUGGACAUGGAGAAAAUGUUUUGACUGGUAGGAGAGGCUAGGACCUUCACAGCCUCAAAGUGAAGGGCCAAACCUUUAGAAUGAAGAAGAGGAAGAAUUUCUUCAGUCAGAGGGUGAUGAAUCUUUGGAACUCGUUGUGCAGAAAGCUGUGGACGCUAAGUCAUUUAGUGUACUUAAGGCAGAGAUAUAUAGUUUCUUAAUUAGUAAGGUGAUCAAAGGUUAUGGGGAGAAUGGCAUUGAGAAAUGUAUUAGCCAUAAUCAAAUGGAAGAGCAAACUUGAUGGGCCGAAUGGUUUAAUUGUCCUUCUGCAUCUUAUGGUCUUAAUUAUUUGUAAUAUUAAUGUCAGCUUUGUCCUGUGCAUAAGCCCAGGUGUCAAACUUGAUCCAGAGCCUUGUGAUCCAACAAUGAGACUUUUUAAAAGAAGGGGAUCUGAGAGAAACAAAAGAUAGAAAGUAAAAGUUACAAAAAUCUAACAUUUAAUUUAAAUUUCAAUAAAAAUUAAAGUCUGAAGGAGUGAGACUCCAGACUUGUAAAUGUGAAAUCCCAAUACCAGAGAGGUUGUUUAGUUAGUAAUUAAGAUCUAUUAUGGCAUUAAAAAUUCACAUACACACAAAUGCACCAGCCCUAAUUUUUUCAAGAAUGUUUCACAAAUGUUAUAAUUUUGUGCUUUUGUAUUUUAAUGCUGAAUUUGUUGGAGAUGUACCAUGUGGAAGAACUGGGUAUCUAGGACAAUAAUCUCUGCUUUUUAACACUUAAUUGUACAUAUGUGGCAGUAGAAAUCACUUUUCAAUUUACUUUGUAAGGAAUGCAAGCACUGAUAGCGUCAUUUAUAAUCCUAAAUCCAGGCCAUUGGGUUUCCCUCAGAUUUUUCUGUGUAUUAACUGCAUCUGUUUAUAUAUUUUGAAUCAAACCAAUUUUCAAAGACAAAUGAACAAAUCUGAUUGUGUAGAAUAUGAAAUGCACAAAAUAGAGUAAACUGUAUAUCCUGUUUUAUUGUUCUGUUAUAUUCACCAAAAAAAUCAUAAUUUCAAAGUUGUUUAAGUAACAUUAAAAAAGUGUAACUAUAACACCUUUUUUGACCAUUUAAAUUUACACAUUUCAUCUGUUUGGUAGUUAUUUUUUUUGACACCUACCUACAAGUAAAUCCAUGAACCACAAGUAUAUAUUCCAAGAUGUUUCUCUAACAUUGUUGAAUUUGUAUAUGUCCUGCAUUCAACAUAAGAUAACAUGAUGUCAAACAAUUACUGAUUAUUUCUAUAUGUGGUUCUAUAUGACAUUUGAUAAAUUUAUAUUUUAUUAAAUUUGUACUGUACCUGUUAUCAUUGAUUAACAUGAAGUCUGUCCUGCCUAAACUGACUUAUGUCUGAAAUCAUCAACUCACACUUUUGUCUUUACACCUACUCAUUACCAUCACCUCCUUAUGGUGCCACCCGCUAACCUUUCAUUUUGUCCCAAAUGCUUCUUCUUUAAAAUCAUUCCUGUGUACUGCCUCUGCAUUCCCAACACCCACCGGUCCUUACCAGAUGGCUUCCUUUUUUUCAUCCUUCAGAUUCUAUGUUGAGCAACUUCUCAUCCAGGCUGAUUUCAUUUGCAUUUCACCUUGACUUUCUCCUUUUAUUUCCCUGCAGUCUUGACUGCCUUUAAUCUUUCACUACAUUCAUAUUCAUGACUCCUUCCAUUACUUUGUUUAUCUCAUGUGCUCUCUAUACUUCCAUAUCCUUGAUCAUAGACAAGAUGAUAUCCUGGCAUUCCUCACCACCCACUUAAUCCUUCCUUCUCAUAGAAUAACCCCUAAAUGCCACUUAAACAGCACAUUCAAAUUCCUGACCUUGGCUUUCUGUUUUUCACAAUUUCUCUGCAGGUGUCAACUUGUCAAUCUUUCGCACAUUUGCUUUUCUCCCUAAUAAACCUAUACACUUUCCAAAUGAAAUAGUUCCACCUAAUAUUGUUUCCUUAGGUUAAGAUGAGACAAAUUAGCUCUCAGUUCUUAAAAUAUUAAACUUAAUGUUCUCAUGACAUGCCUUUUCUUUGCUUCAAGAGAGGUCUGCAAUCCUCUGAUGCUGGUGUUUUAUAUACCACACCUUCCCUUUGCCCCAUCAUUUAAAGCUGUACUCUCAGUCAUUUUGUCCCAUUCUCUGAAAUAUCCCCUUUAUACUUCUCGAUCUACUUCUCCUCCCUUGAGAUGUGCCUUAAAUCACCCUAUACAAAGCUUAGGAUCACUCCUUCCUGAUAUCUUUUGUUUUAAUUUCAAAAAUAUACUUCAUUCAGAAAAAUACUCAUCAUUUAUAUACAUUGUCACAAAAGCAGUUCAGUUCUGUAUAGUUGCACAUCAAGUAAAUAAACAAAACGUUGAACUUUGACUAUCCACAAAACUAGAGACCUCUCUUAUAUAUACAAUACUAAUGUUUGCAUAUAUUUGAGACAUUAGGAGAGUUUGACUCAGCAUCAAGCUUUAUCUGAUUUAUCUUCACAGAAAUCAGUUAGACAUGUUCUAAACAUAGAAACACAGAAGAUAGAAGCAGGAGGAGGCCACUUUGCCCUUCGAGCCUGCUCCACCAUUCAUCACGAUCAUGGCUGAUCAUCCAACUCAAUAGCCUAAUCCAGCUUUCUCCCCAUAACCUUUGAUCCCUUCACCCCAAGUGCCAUAUCUAGCUGCUUCUUGGAUACAUUCAAUGUUUUGGCAUCAACUACUUCCUGUGGGAAUGAAUUCCACAGGCUUACCACUCUUUGAGGGAAGAAAUGUCUCCUUAUUUCUGUCCUAAAUGGUCUACCCCAAAUCGUCAGACUGUGACCCCUUGUUCUGGACACACCCACCAUCGGGAACAUCCUCCCUGCAUCUGCCCUGUUAGAAUUUUAUAAGUCUCUCUGAGAACAGCGCCCCCCACCCACAUUCAUCUGAACUCCACCAAAAACAAUCCUAACCUAGUCAAUCUCUCCACAUAUGUCAGUCCCUCCAUCUCCAGAAUCAGUCUGGUAAACCUUCGCUGCACUCCCUCGAGAGCCACAACAUCCUUCCUCAGAAAAGAAGACCAAAACUGGACACAAUAUUCUAGGUGUGGCCUCACCAAGGCCCUGUUUAACUACAACAACACAUCCCUGCUCCUGUACUCAAAACCUCUCGCAAUGAAGGCCACAUACUAUUUGCCCUCUUUUGACACGUUAAAGACAGUAAACAUAUGUAAGUUAUUGUUAUUGAUAAAAACCAAAAGAACUGCGGAUGCUGUAAAUCAGGAACAAAAACAAAGAUGCUGGAAAAGCUCAGCAGGUCUGGCAGAAACUGAAGGAAAAAG